CGGGGCGCAGCUGGUUCCCGGGGGCUGGGCCCUGAGGCGGAGCAGAGCCAGGUCAGCGCGCGGCGGCGGCGAGGCCCAGGCUCUCCCGUUGCUGAGAUUCCAGGAUGCAGGCACAGUCUGUGCUCCACAGCGGCUACUUCCACCCUGUGCUGCGCUCCUGGCAGGCCUCAGCCACGGCCUUUGAUGCCUCUAACUUCAUCUACCCCAUCUUUGUCACUGACAGCCCCGAUGCGGUGGAGCCCAUUGCCAGCCUCCCCGGACAGGCCAGGUAUGGAGUCAACAAGCUGGAGGGGAUGCUCCGCCCCCUGGUGGACGAGGGGCUGAAGUGCGUGUUGAUCUUUGGCGUCCCCACUAAAAUCCCCAAGGAUGAAAGGGGCUCGGCGGCCGAUGCUGAGAACACCCCAGCCAUCCAGGCCAUAAAGAAGAUCCGUUCCUCCUUCCCAGAGCUGCUGAUCGCCUGUGACGUCUGCCUGUGCCCCUAUACCUCUCACGGGCACUGCGGGAUCCUGCGGAAGGAUGGCACCAUUCAGAACGAGGCCAGCUGCCAGCGACUGGCAGAAGUGUCGCUAGCCUAUGCCAAGGCAGGAUGCCACAUCGUGGCCCCCUCAGACAUGAUGGACGGGCGCGUUGCAGCCAUGAAAGAGGCUCUGAUCUCCAAUAACAUGGGUAACAAGGUCUCUGUGAUGAGUUACAGCGCCAAGUUUGCUUCCUGUUUCUAUGGUCCUUUCAGAGAUGCUGCACUGUCCAAACCUGCAUUCGGAGACCGGCGCUGUUACCAGCUUCCCCCGGGAGCCCGGGGCCUGGCCCUGCGAGCUGUGGACCGGGAUGUGCAGGAGGGAGCAGACAUGCUGAUGCUGAAGCCAGGGAUGCCAUACCUCGACCUCGUGAGAGAUGUCAAGGCCAAACAUCCCACCCACCCGCUGGCUGUUUACCAUGUGUCGGGGGAGUUUGCCAUGCUGUGGCACGGAGCACAGGCAGGGGCCUUUAACCUAAAGGCUGCUGUCAUGGAGGUGAUCACCGGAUUCAGGCGAGCAGGAGCUGAUAUCAUCAUCACCUACUACGUGCCCCAGCUCCUGAAGUGGCUGAAGGAGGACCAGGCGUGAAGUGCCUAAGUGAAGGCAACACACGGAAGGAAGCCUGCAAGGACCGGAAAGGAUUGAUAUGCAAAAUGAGGAUUUUUAUGGGGCCUUAGAGAUAUGAGGCUAAAUCCAGCCCCAGCAUAAGCAGGUCCAGCACCACUGGCUGCAGGGGUGCUGCACCUGCCUGCACUAGAGCUGACUUGAGCCCAAAGAAGCCAAAGGAGAGCAAUUUUUUAAGUGUUAUUUUAGAACUGGGCUUAAUGCUGAGACCCUCCUCUGGCAUCAAAAUGCCUUAGGACCAGAACUGAUCUCCCCAGCGACCCCCCCUUGAAGAGGCCCCUUCUUAAUGUGAUGGUUUCUUUUAAUGUGUCGCUGUGUGACACCAGAUGGGUGAUUUUUAUGAGCUUCUUUGUAAAGGAAGCACCCUUUCCUGACCAUUCCUCUACCCAGAUGUCCUCCUCAGUCUAGCCAGGGUGUUGGGAACACAGGGGAAGGCUGAUGUGGGACAGUUCACCAGCACAUUGCUCACAGGAGUGCUAGUUCAUUGGGGGUGUCUCAAGCGUUCACUGCAGAUGCUCUCCCUGCAAUACACUAGUUCCUUUGCUACAGCCCCAAGCAGAGCUUUGCUCUCCCCUGGUUGGGCUUUCUGCAGAGAAAUGCUGUCUGGUUCACAAGCAUGGAAGUAGCAGAAGCAGGCAGGGCUUCCCUUGCUAGUCAGCCAGACACUUUCCUCUGGUGAACAUGCUGUUUCAAACUUUUUAAUAUGGAGAAAUACCCCAAGAUGCUUCAGAGCCCUCGGGGGGAUGGUUCCCCUCCACACACGCUUAUGCCUUAAACCUGUUGUCAUUGCACAGAACAGAGAAUAUUGACUUGGUUCUGAGCUGUGGCCCUUGUGUCUCAAGGGCGACAGGGCACGUGGGGCUAGGCAGUAUAAGGGCUUUAGAAGUAUAAUGUCCUGAUUGCUAAUGGGCCAUUGCACUUUCUGCCCAGCAUUACUGGGGUUUCUUUUAGCCCUGAGCACCCAGACGACCAACUCCUAGCACUCACAUUGGCUAUGUCAACUAGCAGUUCAGCUCUGCCUUUGAUUCCCUAAUAGGAUGCUGUCAGCUUAUACAGAAGUAUUGUCAAAAUAAUCUUUCUCUAAAACCCAAGAGCACUAGAAAUGUUUCCCUAUUUUAAAAAUUCCAAUGAAAAUAAUUGUUUUAACCCACUGCUUGUUCCUCUGCCGUGUUUCAAACUCAGCGUUGCAGCAGGCAGAACCAGGCAGUUAGGUCGCCCGACUGGCUCUGCUAUCCAGUGCACACUUUAAAAUUACUUCACCCUAACAGUCUAACGUGGUGUUAAUAACAUAGCUGAGAACUUUAAUUUGUACCGUGGUUCUUAUGGUGAUCAUACUAUUAUGAAGUCUAGAUGUUUUAGAUUAAUUGCUAGAGCUACUCUGCUUUGGUAGUUUUAGCAGUAGCCUCUGAUAUUCUUCAAUGCCUGGGGUGAGUUCAGCUGAAAAUAAAAACAAAAACCACAAGUCUA